AUGAAUGGUAAUAACAACAAACAAGAUCAACUGUGUAGUGAUACUCCAUCAGAAAGUUCACUAAACAAUCCUAUUUCGGAUGUAAUAAAUACUGAAAAUACAAGUUUGGCAUACCCGAAAUCACCAUCGACGACAUUAUUUCCGGUGCAUGCGUUCAACACUUUAAAUUCUCUGUUAUCACGACCACAUUGGCAAGUACCUGUUCUACCAGAUUCACAGUUGGAAACUAUACUAUUGGCAUCAAUCAAUAUGGCUAAACAUGGUGAAGAUGUUCAUUCACAAGAUUGUUUACGAUUUUAUUCAGAUGGCUUAAUUAGUUCUUUUCAGAAAAUAUUUCGUGAUGAUGCAGUUACUCGUUGGGAUUCACAUAUCUUACAUUUUAUUUACGCCAAUUCUUUACUGGGCAUUGAAUUGUGUUCUAUAAAAGCAAAAUCUGAUUGCCUAGCAAUAUUAGAAUUGGAAACUAUUCUAUUUGAUCCUAAUUCACAGUUUCACACACGUAGUAUAAUUUCCACUAGUGUAACACACGAAAUUCGUUAUGGUGUUCAUAGGAAUGUUGUAUGUCGAUUUGAAGAUAUUAUUAAAUUAUUGCCACAUAUAUCAAUAUCAAACGAAAACGACAGUACGUGUCAACAACAACCAGGAAAAAUAGAUGGAGAUACUAAUGCCAUAGAGAUGAAUAAUGAUCCCCUGACACUAAACAAUACUGUUCAAAUAAAAGAAUAUUCUAUUUCUUAUGCAAAUUAUAAAGAUGCACCUAUUCUAGUGGAUUUUAUUAAUCUAUUUGGACGACUCAAUGGAUUCGAUCGAUUGAAAGCACGUUUCCUUGAAUUAGAUAACAAAUACCAUUGGGACGAGAAACAGAGAGAUAUGUUGCAACAACACCUUCAACAACAAUCAAAUCUUCAGACAGAAUUCUUAUCACUUAGUCUAAUAAAUGCUUAUCUGCAUCCUUUUGCUUUAUGUUCAAAUUAUUUAAGUGACUCAGUAAUUGAAGAAUAUUUCAAACCAAUAGUGACUAUUGUUGUCAAUUAUUUAUCUCAUUUAACUGAUGAUCAAAUUAAACGUGAAACUAAAAAAGAAAUGCGUAAAGAUGAUUUCAUCACUGGUUUGAAACUGUCUUUAUGCACAUUAACAAAACGUAUUCCAUCCUCAACCGAAGAUGAUAUUGAAACUAUUGAAUUACUUAGUCUUAAUGUAAUCUAUCGUUUCUUUCAGCUGUCUUCUUUCAAUGGGAAAAUGAACACAUUGAACGAAUUAAUUCGUCUAUUACCUAAUACUAAUUCAUUACGAGUUGGUCAGUGGAUUACAGAUAUUAAGUUAUUAAAAUUAUUACUUCGUGAAAAUUUACAUCAAUUACAAUAUGUAGAAAAAGUUGAAGAGAUAAUACGUUUUAUGAUAAGAAAAUUAUUAUUAACAUUAAAUGAUUUAGAUAGUAUAUGGGAAUCACAAAUUGGUAAACAUGAAACUAUCAUUAAAAAUAUAUUCAAUAUGUUAACACAUUUAGCAUUGGAAUUUUCAAUGAAUCAAUUAAAUCAUUUAUUUCAUUGUUUUAAGCAAAGUUGGAAAAAAGCAACAAAACGUCAACGUGAACGUUUAAUUGAUUUGAUCACAAUGUUAGCUGAACAAGAUACCGAUGGUAUGAUGAUGCAAAAAACAUUAGAUCUUCUAUGGGAUUGGGCUAUCAGUUUGAAAUUUUCCACUGAUUUAAUGAAUGCUUCACUUAAAUCACAUGCAAAAAUUCUUAGUUGUAAUAAUAAGCCAUUCAUAUGUCAACUUCGGAGUGUUUGGCUUGGGAAGCUUGCAAGUUUUUUAAAAAUUGAACCAAACACUGAUGAAGGUUGUUUAUUACCUGCUGCAAAACAGUUCAUUGAAAUUGCCAACCUUUACAAUACGGGUUCACCAAAUGAAAAUACUUUAAUUCAAAGUAUAAAUCAACGACAUAAUGUUUUAAAGGCAGCUGUAGAUUGUAUCAUACAAACAAUGUGGUCAGUACAUGAAGAACGUUUAAAUUUAAUAAUGAAAAAUCAAUCUAUUCCAUCCAAGUCUUCACAUUCAAUAAAUACAUCAAAACAUCAAAUACAUUCUAAUUUACAAUUAAUUAAAGUGAAAGAAUUAUUAAAACUUCUACGUUAUCUUAUAUUUCAAUGUCAUUUAUUAUGUCCAAUAGAUUUAUUACAAGGAAUAUGGGAUUCAUUAUUAAAGCCAACAUUUCAACCCAAUUCUAUCAUAAAUAAUCAUAUUUUAAACAAAUUUCAUAAUCAGAUUAUCUUAUCCAAUGAUUGUGAUUUAUGCUUUAAAUGGUUUAUAUUAUUUUUGAAUGAUUCCAUAUGGUUAAUCUAUCGUGAUUUUAUAUGGGAUAAUUAUACUACAUUAAAUCCAAAAUUAAUGACCAAUGCUGGUGUAGAAUUCGUUGUUCAAUUAUUUUGUCGUAUCAAUUCAGAUAAUACAUGUGUUAUUAGUGAAUUGAAUGAACUCAAUACAAUUAAAUUAUUAUCAAUGACAUCACCAUCAUCAUCAUUGCCAUUAUCAUCUACAAUUGUAAAUCAUUCUAUUAUUCCCAAUGAGACUAAUUACACAGUUGCUACUAUUAAUGAUAAUUAUUCUACUGUAACCAAUACUACUACUAAUACUACUAAUACUACUACCAAUACUACUGAUACUACUACUACCAUGACUACUUCCACAAGUAUGAAAUUAGUUAAUUUAAACCAAUUAUGGAAUUUUAUAUUAUAUUCAAAUAAGAUAGUUUAUCAAAAAAUAUGCAAAUUAUUAUUACAAUUAUAUACAAAUUUCAAUUCUAAUAUAAAUUUGAAUAAACGUAAAGAAUUAUGUUUUAAUAUUAUGAAAUUAUGUUAUGCCUAUAUUAAAAGGGAUUAUAAUGAGUUAAUUUCGUCUAUCGAAAAACAAACAAAUUAUGAAGCAACACUAUCACCAUCAUCGUCAUCAUUACCUACCUCGUUAUCAUGUGAUCCUGAAAUAAAAUCGGCUAAAUUCAAACGUAUAUUAAGAAUUUUAAAAUUAUUGAAACGUUUUACAGUCAGAAUGAAUUUAGAAAUGUAUAUUAAUGAUGCAAGUGAUUAUAUUCCAUUAAAACGUUCAUGGAUUGGUUCAUCAUUUUUCUUGACAGUCACCUGUCAAGGUUUACCAAUUUUAUUUCCUACCAAUUGUAAUAACAACAAUAUUAGUGCUAGUGAUGAUAUUAUUGAUAAUAAUAAACAAAUUUAUCUAUCUGAUGGUAAAACAGUCACAAUUACACUCAUUGUACAUGGAAAUCUAACUUUAGGUGAAUUACGUGUUUAUCUUUUAAAUUUCUGUCUACAUGGUUUCACAUCAAUUAAUAACAAUUCCAAUGAUAACGGUAACAAUUACGGUGGUAGAGCCACCAGUGGUGGUAGUAGCAGUAGUAGUAGUGGUAUUCAAUGUCAAGACAAUAAUGUUUCACAUUCAAUAACAAAUUCAAUGUAUCAAUUAGAAUUACGUAUCAUAAAUAUGGAACAGACAAAUUCAAAUAAUUGUAUAUUACAUCAUAAUAUUGAUAAUGAAUUGUUGGUGAAUUUAUUUUUGUUCUAUCCUAAUUGGACUAGAAAUUUCUUAGAUAAUCGUGAUCAUAUAAAUAAUGAUGUUUCAUUUGUCCAUCUGGAAUUGUCCGCAAAAUUGAUGUUUACCAAUAACGAACUAUCAUCGUCCACUACUGAAUCAUCAACUACAACACCUGGCUCUUUACAAUUUUCUUCUUAUUAUCUUAAAGUAUUUGAUAAUAUUGAAGUCAACGCAACACAACAAAGUAGUAGUGAUAUUGCCCUAGGUCGUCUUCAUACUACUGACAAUACUACUACCACUAUUAGUAAUAAUAAUUCUUUGAAAGACGACGAAGAUCAUUUACUGCCAUCAGAAUUAAAGAUCUUCGAUUCAAUAAUUGAUCGGAAUUUUGAAGAAGAACAACUUGCAAACAAUAAUAAUAGUAAAUGUGGUAGUUUAUUGGUAGAUAGUAAAUUGAAGAUAGACGACUCUGAUGCAUUGAAAUGCACUCAACAGUUGGAUAUGGAUCGUGAAGGUGAAUUCAUUUUCAAUACUGAUCAACGUAUUGAAUUCUUAUUAAAUUUGAGUAGGAUUGCAUUAGCUUUAAAUCAUUCUAAUGUAUAUCAUAGUAUUAUGCAACUACUCAAUUGUAUGCCAUUGCAUAAAAAAUUAAUUCAAUUUAUUAAAGAUAGUUUAAUCCAAUUAGUUGAUAAGAAAAUUAUUGAACGUUGCAAUGAACAGUCUACUGAACCUCUCUUAUCACAAACAUGGUUUCAUCAUUUACUUACAAAACCAAAUGUAUCAACUGGAGUAUUUCAUUUAUUCAAUGAUAAACAAAUCAAUUUAGAGAAUACACCGAAUUACAUUGAAUUAUUGUAUACAAUUCAAGUUUUAUAUUGUUUAAUGAUGCCUAGUUGUUUAGUGAAACAUUAUCAUUUCAUUAAAUUGAAUGAAGAUCAUAAUCAAUUUCAUACUUCAUGUAAUAAUAGUAAUAAUAUGUAUAAUUGUCAAGACUUCGUUCUUCCUAAUACCACCACUACUAAUAAUAAUAAUAAUAAUAAUCGGAAUAUCAGUAGUAACACUAUGCCAAGGACAAUAGAUUUUACUACAAACAAUUUGUUUAAUCAAAUUCCAGAUUGGUCAGAUUCCAUAACUAUCACCCUGCUUCUACUUCGUGGUGGUGCCUUAAACUUACUUCUUUCGUCUCCACUUUUAGUAUCCUCAUUCACUCCCACAUCAUCAUUAUAUCAUAAACUUAUUAACUGUGAUAAGAAUGAAGGAAAACAUGCUUUAUCCCAUGAUCACUUACUCGAUUCCCAUUCUUCUCUUGGGCUUUCAUCUUUUGCUAGUAUUGUUAAUAAAAAUGAUGACAAUCAGAUUAUUUUCUAUGACACAACAAUUCAUUGGAAACUACUCUAUCACAUACGUCUAUGGCUAUUAAGAUUAAUUCGUGUAUUACUUAUUUGUACAGCUAAUACAUUAGUAUUAUAUAAACUAGAUUCAACAUCAGAUUAUAUGUGUAAUGUAUUCAAAAAGUCAUCAUUUUAUCAGUUAUUAAUUUCUCUAGCAGUCUCUGUGAAAGAUUCUAGUUCCUGUCGGAAUGAUUUUUCAUUUACCAAUUCUUUACGACAAAGUUCACAACCACUGGCGCAGUCGUUAUCAGAUAGUACUAAUACUACCACUGCUACAACGAAGAUGAUAACAGAAACCAAUGCUACUGGAAAUCUUGAUGGUACUAAGGAUAGUGAUGAUGGUGAUGUAGAUAAUGCAGAGUGUAAUAUUGAACAUAUUUGUAAAUUACUACUUCAUACUUAUAAAUUAACUAGUAGUACAAAUCAUCCUGUACUAGGUGGAGAUUAUUUUCUACUUUUGCACGCUUUACACGUUGCACAGUUAACAAUUGUAUCUAAUAUAUCCUUAAAUGAAGUGAAAAAUUACUGGCUUAAAAGUAAUAUAAAAAGUACUUUUGGAAAUCUAUUCUUAACUGGAUGGCAAACAAGAUAUGGUUGUGAAAAUCCAAUGGAAUAUUUAAAAGAUUUCAGUAUGAAACCUAAUCGUAUUGGUAAACUGCAUUCAUGUACUGAUAUAAAUAAUGUACAAGAAAAUAAUUUAUUAAGAGAUAAAUCAGCUUCACCAAAAAAUGAUCUGUCAGUUGAAUCCUUCUCUCAACUUGCAUUAACGGAAAAUAAAUUUCAAGAUAUCAAUGAAGAUAUCCUCCCAGUUAAUGAUAUCGAACAAAGAGUUACUAAUAAUCUGUCUAAUUCAACUCGUUUAUCCUCAUCAGCAUUAUCUUUAUUAUCAUGUGAAUCUACGUUGUCAUCAUCUUCCUCAUCGUCAACAUUAUCUUCUGUUCGCCAGUUACACUCAUUAUCAUCGUCAAGUUCAUCUAAUAAUGAGAAUAUUGAUGGUGGCGGUAAUAAUAAUGGUCGUAGUAGUAAUAGUAGUAGUAACAGUAGUAGUAGUGGUAGUAGUAAUAAUAGUGAUUCCAAUGAUAUUGAAGAUAGAAAUCUGUCGAAAUUAUUAUAUUCUAACUUUCAUGAACAAUGCUUCAAUUCUUUUCGAAGUGGUGAAACUCAAGGUUCAGUAAUCAUAGAGGCAUUAAACUGUAUUACAUGGUAUCAAUGCUUGCAUCCACAGAAUGAAUUUUGUACAUUUUUAAAGUAUCCUUUAUCAUAUAAAAUGUUAGUUAGUUUAUCACAGAAUCAUUCAACAGUAGAUGAUCAUCGUAGUUGCUGUGAUCGUCGUGGUAGCAAUCAUCAUAAACGUUCACGUCAAUAUCGUCGUUAUCAACCUCCUUCUGUUCUCCAGUCUCAUUCUUAUCAAUAUGAUUAUAAUUGUCAAUUAACUGGUGCAGAUUUAUUACAAGAUUUAUUAUUUUCCGAUUCAUUAAUUAUUCGCAUAUCUACAAGAUAUUUUUUGCAUACUUUAUUAACAUUUACUACAAUUGAGAAUAGAGAUUAUGCCUAUUAUGCAUUGGAACAAAUGUUCAAUUGGUUACCUAAUUACGUUCUAUCAAAAAUAACACAAUCUGAUGAAUAUUUUAAUUUACUUGUUCAAAUCAUUCCAUUUAUGCAUAAUCAUGAACAAUUUUUACAAAGUGCCCAUCAAUGGCUUAGAGAUGAAAUUGUUUGGCUUCGAUCAAUGAUAACUGAUCGUCAAUUAGGAUCUUGUGACGCAUCUAUUUCUUAUCCUUCUGUUGAUAUCACUCCACCGAUUUUUCAUUGUGCUACAUCUCCAGAAUCCACUGAUCAAUCAUCACUAGACAAAGAAUCCGCAUGUCUCCGACCAGAGACUAUUGUUCAUCAAUUUCAUGUUAUGUCCAUAGAAGACAAAGAUACCUUAAUUUGUGGACACUUGAGAAUUCUCAAAUCAUUGUAUCAAUGUAUUCUAGAUUCUACUCAUUCUUCGGUACAAUUAUUAACGUGUGGAGAUGAUACUGAUCAACUAUUCGGUGAGAUGAAACAAACAUCAAGACAGAUAAAUGACUUCCCGACAAUUAUUGUAAACAGUGUUGAUAGAAACAAUGAGGAUAACGUCAAUUGUAUAAGUACUACAUCGAAAACUGUAAAUACUAAUGAUCUACAAUGUAAUAAAAAUUCAUCAAAUUAUUUAAUAAAUCAAUUGUAUUUAGUUAAAGACUUAGUUGAACUUUUACUGUUUCCCGCUUCGAAACAGUAUAACGAAAUACGCAGGUCUACAAUAUGCUCACAAAUCAAUAACCAUCAUAACAUAAUAAACUGUGACUACAACAAUAUUAACAAUGACAUGAUUGAUCAUAAUUCUUAUUCUCCAUUAUCUACAUCACAUUUCUCCACAUUUUCUAAUUUAUCAUGUUCAAGAAAAUUAAUGAAUUCAACUUUUGAUUUCCUCCUAUCAAUAACUAUUCGUAAUCCAUUGAAUAGUCAGUUAUUAACAACUAUGCUGUAUGAUUUGAUUUUUUCUACCAAUGCAAGACCUGUGAAUUUCAACUGGAAUUAUAAUUUUGGAUUAAAUUCUACUAAUUCAACAUCAUUAUUACCAUCAUCAUCAAUUUUAUCUGAUCAUAUUGAUAAAAACAAUUGGACUAAUAAUGAUUAUAGCAAUUACAACCGUAAUGAAAAUGAUAUGAGUAUUACACAUCGUUUUGUUGGUCUUAAAAAUGGUGGAGCUACAUGUUAUAUGAAUUCUAUUAUACAACAGUUGUUUACACUAGAUCCAAUUCGUGAUUGUAUACUUAGUGCAAAUCCAGAAUCUCUACUCAUAGAUUGUAAGUUGUUGAUUGAUAAAGAAGCUUCAAAAACGAUGAAUACUUCAACUGUGCUUACAACUUCAACAAUCUCCGGUGAUGAUAUCGCUGACAAUAUUUGUCAACAAAGAUUAGAUGAGGAAUCAAAAGUCAACACUCCGAUCCCCAAUGAUCAGUCAUCACAAGAGUCAGAAUUCAAACCUUUAAAUAAAGAAAAAAUUCAUCAUCUAAAUGUGUUAUAUCAUAUGCAAACUAUUUUUGGACAUUUAGCUUAUAGCCGUGUUAAAUAUUAUGCGCCAGUAGAAUUUUGGCGUCAUUUCAAAUUUCGUGCAGAAGCUGUACAUGUUAGAGAACAACAUGAUGCAUUGGAAUUUUUUCAAAUACUUGGUAAUGAUUUGGAUGAAGCUUUAGAAUUAUGCAAAUUACCUAAAAUUGUUGAAGUUGUUUUAGGUGGUAAAUUUGCUGAUCAAAAGAUCUGUUUGGAUUGUCCACAUCGAUAUACAAGUUAUGAAUCAUUUACUACACUUAAUGUUGAUAUAUUAGAUCAUAGAAAUUUAAUUGAUUCAUUAGAACAAUAUGUAAAAGGUGAAUUAUUAGAAGGUGAUAAUGCAUAUCAUUGUAGACUAUGCAAUAAAAAAAUACCAAUAUUAAAACGAAUGUGUAUUCAAAAAUUACCAUUAGUAUUAACUAUUCAAUUAAAACGUUUCGAUUAUGAUUGGGAACAGGGUGUUUCACUUAAAUUUAAUAAUUAUUGUGAAUUCCCACGUCAUUUGGAUAUGUUACCAUAUACUGUCCAAGGUUUAAAAGACUCUACAGAUUCAUCGUCCUGUAUAACUACUGAUGUCAUCAAUAACACCAAUGAUAAUAAUGAUGAUAAUAAUAAUGAUGAUAAUAAUCCAUGUACAAAAUAUAAUUUACGCGGUGUAGUUGUUCAUAGUGGUCAAGCAUCAUCUGGACAUUAUUAUUCAUUUAUUCGACAUUAUCGACCACGAACAAAAACAUUUAAAUGGUAUAAAUAUGAUGAUCAUAAUGUUAUCCCUGUUCGGUUAGAUAAAGAUGAAGAGGCUAUGGACCAGUGGUUCGGUGGUGAAUGGAAAGUUCCACCACAUGAUCUGUCGAAAUUUACUCAUUUAAGAUCUGGUAAACGUUGGUGGAGUGCAUAUUUAUUAUUCUAUGAACGUGAGGAUUUCCAUGAACAAAUUAAAAACAUAUCAAUAUCUAAAUUAGGUUUAAAUCCAAAACAAUCGAGACUAACUAAACGUGUACAGGAUAUUGUAAAUUGGCAAAAUAUUGAACAUUUACAUCAUCGUAUUCAAUUUGACCCAUUACUUCCAGAAUUCAUUUAUAAUUUAAUUAAUAACAAUAUACAAUUGUGUAUGAGUAAUUCCAGUGCCUAUCAGAAUUUAGGAUUUAUUACUUUAGAAUUAUUACUUCAUUUUAUUUUUCUACGUUACCAUGUGGUCAUAUCAAAUUGGAAAUCUUGGCUAUUGUUAUUCAUCAAGUUGAUUUCAAUUAGUGCGCCAAUAAGAUGUCAAUUAAUUAAAACAAUGUUUCUAUCAUCACCGGAUCAAAUUAGAUUUUUACAAUUUCAUUGCCCUUAUCCUGAAAUGCGAUUUCUCAGUGCCGCUCUAAUCAUUUAUGUCUGUCAUUUAUGUAUGAAUGAUCCAUCUGUACAGUGUGAAGAUAUUCUACACUCUUUUAUUUCACUAGUUAAUAGUUCUACCACUAUUACUCAUACUGCUACUAAUACUGCUGUAAGUGGUGACGAUAAUAAUUGUUGUUCUAAUGUAUGCAAUACAGGGUCUAUAUCAACCAGCACUACGAAUGCGACCACUUCUCCAAAUAUUGAAGUCACUGCCAAUACUACAAAAAUAACCGCUGAUACUACUCCUACUACAGCCAGUGUCUUGUCUUAUUUAUUAAGGUCUACAUUAAAUGAAACAAAGUCACCAGUAUUUGUUGAAAAUUCAACUGUAGAUAACGCACAGAUUACUGCUCAAAUAUUUUCUGCCACAUCUUUUAUUAAUCGUUUUAUAAAUUUACCACAGAAACGUUCUUCUAGUUCUUUACAAAAUGAUUCCAAUAUUAGUGAUAGUAAGAAUAAUAAUUUAUGUAAUCAACUGAUUAAUCCAGGAGAAUGUUUAAUACAAUUGAUAGUACAUCAGUUGCAUUUCUCUCCAAAUACAUUAGCACUAUCAUCAAAUAAAUCUUUCCAAGAACAACAACCAUAUUAUCAUCAACCUUACUCUACAAUCCGAUCAGGAAAUCCUUCAUCAUCUUCAUUUCCUAUGAAUGCUGCGGUUCCAUCAACACUUCAAUCUAUGAUGACAGUGCCAUCAGCAUCAUCAUCGACUACGUUAUACCCAUCUGUUAAUAAUAAUAAUCGUUCUACAUCAUUACCAUCAUCAUCGUUACCAACUGUAUGUCCUUCAUCUGCAAUAUGGGCACAAUAUUUUGCUAUUUUGUUAGAUUAUGCAAAUUAUGGUAAACAAGAAUGUUGUUAUCUGUUAAAACUACACGUUCCGGAAAUUUUAAUCAAUUAUAUGCUGUCCUAUGAAGUUAUGUUGAAAACUGUUGAAACUUCGGCAUCAGGAACAACAACAUCAAUACCGUAUGCUUCCCUUGUCGGCUGGAAUCAAGAACCACGUAAUUACGACUGUAUACAAACAUCCGUCAAACGUUCAUAUAAUGAAUUAUCUAUGGAAAUUCAAUCAUUGAGUUGUACAAAUUUGCGGCUUUCAUCUUGUUUAGAUGCUUUAGUCUAUGCACUUAUGACUAAUUCAACAGUGUCAACUACAACAUCAAAUUCGAAUUUUGAUUUUUACAGUCAUUAUAAAUAUGACUAUAAUGAUACAGUGAACAAUGAACAGAAUAAUUUGACCACAAUUACUAAUCAUGAUAUGAAUACUACCGUGUCUAAUAUUAUCACCUAUUCUGGUUUAAAAAUCUUACUAGAUUUAUUAUCUUAUCUAGUCAGAUCUUGUGAAAUCCCAUCUCAUUACCUCAAUUUCCCACCACGAUUAUCUUCGUCACCACCACCUUUUUCUUCGACAACAUCAUCUGCUAUUUGUUAUCCUUUAGCAAAAACCGAAGACCAGGUCUCGCGUAAGAUAAAUAAAACAGAGAAACGUUCUGAACCUUAUGGAGCUUGUCCAAUCAUUUCAGAAUCAUUAUUAACUGAUACACAAGCUAACUCAAUAUCUACCAAUCAGCGUAAUCCUUAUUGUGUAACAUCUACUCCAUUGGUUACUCUUUCCAACUCUUUGAUUCAGUUAUUUUUUUCCAGCCAAUCAGAACGUAUUGUUAAACGGUUAACAGGCUCACUCCUUAAUCCAAUCACAUUGAAGCCGAUUUCAGAUAUGCUAUUGUUCUUCUCUUAUGAAAAUAUGAAUUUUUCAGAUCUUAUUCUCAGGGAAUUAGUCUAUUCCAUUUUGCAUCCAUGUGAUUUAGACAGCAUAUUAAAAUUGUUAGAACGUUUAUUACAAUUAUCUGAUUCAUUAAAAUCUGUUCGUAUACGUCUUCUGUUUAGCUAUUCCAACGAUGUUGACCUAUUCAAACUAUUAAAUUCCAAUUUUAUUUAUGAAACAAAUACUGCAGCAUAUCAAGUAUUCUAUUUAUUUAUUAAUUUAUUAUUCACGGAUCCGGAUGUAAUCACUUAUUUAUCAAGCGAAAUCUAUUUGGUUAAAGUAUUAAGUGAGAUUACUGUAUCAGCUUUGGAUAGUUUAAAAUUAGACACAUCGGAUAACUGGCUUGAUGAUAAAGAAAAAACAAUAGAAGCACUUGAACAAGCUGGACGAAUUCUAAUGAAUUUGAUCCCUUCAAUUGCGACGCUUCCAAACGAUAUGAUUGGUGUGAUUGAGAAUGAUAGUGUACAAGAUGAUGACGUUGAUCUUGAUGAUGAUAAUGCUAACGGCGAUGAGAACCGGAUCACUAUUGCCUACAAAAAUAACAACGAAAAGCAAUAUGGUAGUCGAUUUUCAAAUUGGGGAAAAAGUGCAGAGAAUGAAGAUGUUGAAGAGGUAGAAGAUGACAAUGAUGACUACGGUGCUGAUGACGAUGAUGAUGAUAAUGUAGGUGAAGAAAUAGAUGAGAGAAACGAUCAUUUAAUUACAUCCCUAUGUCGUAUUACCUCUUCAUCUUUGUCGACAUCUGAUGAUCCUGAACUGGAUCAUUUACCUUCAAAUCAUGAAUAUAUGAUGAGUCAUAAUAUAACAAGGACUAGUACUAGUACAAUAGUCGAUACUAGUUUAGAUACUUUUAACCAUACAUGUAUCACUGCUGGUCCACCGGCCACCACUACUUAUACUACUAUUACUACUGCAAGUAGUAAUAAUAAUAAUAAUAGUAAUGUUAAUAGCAGUAGACAAAUAUAUGGACAAUUAUUAUCAUGUGGUUCGUUGAUGGAGGAAAUAGUAACUCAAAAACAACAAGAAGAAAAUAGUUUAACCAGUCCUAACAAUCAUAAAUUAAAUGAUAACAAUGAGUAAUAAUAUAUAAUGUAAGCUAGAAACCAAAUCAGUUCCUCAUUGUUUUCUCAUCCUGCUUGAUCUUUCUCUUUAUUGAUUAAUUCAUUAUGAUUUCCACAUCGAAUUGUUUAUCAAUAAAAUGUCAAGUACAUUGUAUCUGUGUGUGUGUGUGUUUAUUGUACCAAUUAACAAAUUGAUUGCUAAUAAUGAUAAUAAUGAUAAAUACCUCUGAUCUCUCCUUAGCUCUUUCAUUGUAUCUUCAAUUGAAUUCAUAUAAAGAGAUUUUGUAUUUCCUAGAAUGUAUAUAUUCUACUUGUAUGUGUUUGCCUAGGGGGGGGGGCUCAUAUGAUUUAACAUAAUAUACAAGAUCAUUUUCCCGAAUUUCUUUUUUAUUUAAAUGAAUUUAAUUUAUCAAUAUAAAAGUAGACAAUAUCGCUUUAAUUGUUUUCAUUAUUGUUCAUAUCCAUUUAAGGCAUUAUUGUUUUAAUAUUAGAAUUACAUUAUAAUCAUUCUCUUGUCCCCUAUUAGUAUGAAUGUAUAUGCUUGUGAAUGAAUGGCUAUAUAAAUUUUCCUUAUUCAUUAUUAUCAUUUUAAUAAAGAUCAAAACGGGGUUUAUCUUACUUUAUCUUCAAAUUGAAUUUUCUUUAUUCUGUUUUGUUUGUAUUAUUUAUAUGGUUGUUUUCAUUGAGUCUCAAGGGCAUCAUUGUUACUUUUCUCCCCCCUCUCUCUCUCUCUCCAUGUUCCCUAUUGCAUAACAACUGUGAAUGAACCGUUAUAUAAAUUUUCUAUUCAUUUUGUGUUAUAGUUCACAAUCAUAUUUAUUUAAUCUUUUCAUUGCUUCUCAAGUCAUCAUUGUUACUUUUCUGUCUGUCUCUCUCUCUCUCCAUGUUCCCUAUUGCAUAACAACUGAAAAUAAGCUAAUUUAUUGAUUAUUGUAUUUUUAACCCACCCUCAUUUAUUUAAGUAACCCGGUUCUGAAUAAUCAAUUAUAUUUUACAAAAAAAAAAAAACAUUUAAACUAUAUAGCUAAUAUACUUAAAAGAGUUCAUUAUUGAAGAAAACUCUUAUUGUUUUGAUUAUCAUUGUGUUUUGUUUUGUUUUUUUUUUGGCUGAAAAUUCAUUGUUUCAAAUGAUAUAAAUAUAUAUACAUAUUUACCGAAGUUCUACGUUGUUCUACGUUCUACAUUGUAACUGACUGACAUAUUUACCGGGUCUAUUCAUUUAUGCUUUAUAUAAUGAAAGUAGUAAUAGUUUGUUUGUUUGUUUGUUUGUUUGUUUUUCUUUUUGAAUAUUUUCAGUUUCAUUUGUAAGUUUUUGUUUAUCACUUUGAUUGAUUGAUUGAUUCAUUUAUUUAUUGUACUGACUUGUUUAUCUUCAUUUUUGUCUCUAUUUACCCAUCUAUCUAUCUAUGUCCCGAUUUAGGUAUUAUAUUAGUGUAUAAAUGAAAUUUAUUCAUUAUGACUUAUUAUUCUUUUCGUUUUCGUUUUUUUCUCUUUUUUUUCCUACAAUUGUAAAGAUGAAAUGAGAGAAUGUUUCUAUUUUUUAUCAAACAAUCGAUUUCAUACAAAUAUUGUGCUUAAUGUACUUUUUUUUUUUAAAAUUCCUGGACUUAUUAUGUAUUAUACACAUCUUUGUGCUAAUGUGGUAUAGCAACACUCGAACUGAUGUAUGCACGUACGAAGUUCUACGUUGUGACUGACUGACUAAGUGACUAAAAGUUUGUUUGGUUGGUUUUUUUCUUGUUUCAAUGACAAAUAAAUUUUGUGAUAUUUUUCUCUUAGUUGUUUAUAGGUAUCUAUGUGCAUAUACAUUUUGUGUACCCAAUUGAUUUCCAUUUUUUCUUUUUCCUCUUUAUUUAGUGCUUACAUUCUUGUUAUUUGUAAUUCAAUGAUAUUGUCAGAAGUAAAUAAUUUUAUCUUUGUUUUGUUUAUGUAGCUUUUUGUAUUGUCUAAGCGAUAUAGGUAAAUACAGAUUACUUGAGUAAGACCUUGAACCAAAUAUUUAUAAUUAAUGAUAAUAGGGAAAUAUUAGAUGUCAUAUGGAGCGAACUUACUCAUAAUGAAGUAGUCGAACACGUCGACAACUUCACUUAUCUU